GCCGGUAUAGAUGGAGAAAGCAUUGGGAACUGCCCGUUCUCCCAGCGCCUCUUCAUGAUCCUGUGGCUCAAAGGAGUUGUGUUCAACGUAACCACUGUUGACCUGAAAAGAAAGCCAGCUGACCUACACAAUCUGGCUCCUGGGACCCACCCACCUUUCUUGACUUUUAAUGGGGAAGUCAAGACAGAUGUUAACAAGAUUGAAGAAUUCUUGGAAGAGACUCUUGCACCUCCAAAGUACCCCAAGCUGGCUGCUAAGCACCGGGAGUCAAACACUGCUGGAAUCGAUAUCUUCUCCAAAUUUUCUGCAUACAUCAAAAAUACUAAGCAGCAGGAUAAUGCUGGUGAGUUGGAUCAUUACCAAAUGUGCCAGGGAGUUUGUGUGCUUAGAAAUGGAAUAAUUUUGCUGUUCUCCUAUCACUUCAUUGUCAUCACUGUUCAUAUAACAUCAGACACUGCUGCUGAUCAACUUGAGAUGGUUGGUUCAGUGGACCCAAUUCACAUGUCCACAGUUGAAUUAACUAUACCAGUAAAUAAAACAGGCCACAGAGUGUUUAAUAGCCCCUUUGCCAACUGUCAUGACAUGGCUCUUAUCCAUACAUCCCAGCUUCCUUGA